AACUUAUUUAUCAUUCACGGAAAUUACUUUAAGGCGGCCUCCAAAUAUAAUGCACAAUUUUACUCCGUAUGAAACAAGUCUUCCUGCAAUCGAAACCCAAAGUAAUAGCCCAAAAUCCUCCAUAAUAAAAACUUUAAACGGAGGAAUUUCUCUCUCCUCCCUUUCGACGAUGGCGACAACCUCCACUUCCACCACCAUGGAUCCGCCUCCUCCUCCACCGCCGCCAUCCUCAGACGCCGCCGUUGAAACCACCACUUCAUCUCCUACUUCGUCUUCUUCCGCAGAAAUCGAAGAAGCUCCAAAGGAUUCAUCAAUGGCUCCUCCACCAAACCCUAAGAUUUCCGUCGCCGAACUUCCGCCGCCUUCGUCUUCCGAUGCCUCAGAGAAGAAGCCAUUGGAGUCGUCUUCGAAUAGUGUAAAGGAGAAAGUUCCAGUUUCAGUUCCUUACUCCGUUCCUCCAUGGAGUGAAGCUCCUGCUCUUCCUUUCUUCCUCGAAGUUCUUAAAGAUGGCGCAAUUAUCGAUCAUUAUGACGUGACGAAGAAAGGUGCAUAUAUGUUUGGGAGGAUUGAUUUGUGUGAUUUCAUUCUUGAACAUCCUACAAUCUCUCGGUUUCAUGCUGUACUUCAGUUUAGAGGAGAUGAAGCUGCAUAUAUUUAUGAUCUUGGAAGUACACACGGAACAUCUGUUAACAAAAAACAGGUAAGUAAGAAACAGUAUGUGGAAUUACGUGUUGGCGAUGUCAUCAGGUUUGGCCUCUCUACUCGAUUAUACAUAUUCCAAGGUCCAGAAGAAUUGAUGCCUCUAGAAGCCGACUUGUCAAGUAUCAGGUAUGCUAAAGAUCGAGAAGAUUCCCUUCGCAGGGCUAAAGAAAAUGCAUCUCAUGGGGAUGGUAUUCUUUGGGGCAUGAGAGAGGAUGCUGUUGAAGAAGCUGAGGAUGAUGGUGAUGAGAUAACAUGGCAAAAUUACAAAGGAGAACUCACUGAAAAGCAACAAAAAACUCGGGAGAAAGUCUUGAAGAGAAUGGAAAAGAUCGCACAUAUGAAGAAAGAGAUGGCUGCAAUCCGUGCCAAAGAUAUAUCCCAAGGAGGGUUGACUCAGGGACAACAAACUCAGAUUGCUCGGAAUGAGCAAAGGAUAUCACAGAUACUGGAGGAGCUCGAGAGUUUAGAAGAAACAUUAAAUGACAGUAUUCGAGAAAGUAUGGGAGCACGUUCUGGGAAGUCAUCUCGUGGGAAGCAUAAGGGAUUUGCCGAAGAUGAGGAUGAGCUUUUGAGUGAUGAUGAUGAGUUUUAUGACCGAACAAAGAAGAAAUCGGGUAGCAAAGCGACCGAUGCACAAUCAGUUGAGACGGCUGAUUCUCUUUUGGAUAAGAAAGAGGCAUUGCUGGAUGAAAUUGAUGAGAAAAAUAAAUUGCUUCUGGAACAGAAGCAUAAGGUAUUGGAACCUGUGGUUGAACAAGAUACGGGGGAUGUGCUUGAUGCCUAUAUGUCUGAUCUCUCAACUCAGCUUGUUAUUGAUAAGACUGUGCAAGUUGAGAAGGAUAUAUCUUCCCUCCAGAAAGAAUUGGAUAGGAUAGUUUACCUGCUGAAGAUAGCUGACCCUACUGGAGAAACUGCUAAGAAACGGGCGACAACACCCAAGGAGCUUAAGUCUAAAGAAUCUGCAUCUUCUAGUUCUGAUGUUAAGAAACUUGAGAAAUCCAAAGUUGGACAAAAUAGCGCCAGUCAGACUGAAAAGCCUGUUAGUAGUUCUGCAGAUCAAGUAGCUCCUGGUGUGAUUAAAGAAGUAAGCGAGGCAUCAAAAUCCAAAGAGAAUGUAACUGAUGCAACAGAAAAUAAACCAACUACUUAUAAAAUUGUAAAGCCUCAGUGGCUUGGGGCAGUGGAGGCCAGGGAUAGUAAAGAGAGCCAACUAGAGAAACGAUCCGACACCGAUGAGGGUGAUGAGACUGAUGACUUUAUUGAUUAUAAAGAGAGGAAGAAGAUUUUAGAAACUGAUUCUGAACCUAGAAAGAAGCCAGAGUCUGAUUUGGAAAGUGCUGCCCCAGGUCUUAUAUUACGGAAUAAGAAGCCAGCUGAAGUGAGUGAGGGACCUGAGGGUCAAAUGUCAAACCCAUCAAUUCCUGAACCUAUAGGAACUGAUAUGAAUGUGGAAAAUGCUGUUGCUCUAUUGUUGAAACACAAACGAGGAAUCUAUACAGGGGAGGAAGAAGCAGACCUCAGAAGCCAUGGCAGAAAAGCUCAGAAGAAAUCUGGGCAAGAUAAUAAAAGGGCUAAACGGGUGCUAGGCCCUGAAAAACCUGCUUUUCUGGAGAAACGUCCAGAGUCAGACUAUGAAACAUGGGUUCCUCCAGAAGGACAAUCAGGUGAUGGCCGAACAUCAUUGAAUGACCGUCUUGGUUAUUGAUGGGAGCUGUAUGUGCACAAUUUUAGUAUCAGUUUUGCCUUACAAGCACAUAAUUGACCUGGAGAGAUUAAGAUUCAUAAUUAGAUGCUUGAGCAUCUUGACCUUGCCACCAUUUUCUUACAGCCUGGCCUAUGAUAUGGAUCUCCCUUUCGGACUCUAGCAAUGGCUCCCCUACCAAUGAAUGGCUGAAGCAAAAUACAGGAUGCUUUGUAUUCGCAUGUUUCACAUAGCUGUGACGUCCUGAUGGCUGAUGUUUGUCUUUUCUGCCUCUCAAAGACCUGCAACUUGGAAUGACUCCCGCCAUUAACUUUUAAAGCUUUUGAACAAACAGGGAUAGGUACAUUAUUGAGAUAGUUUAAGAGAAACUGGGUUUGCUGAAACCAAGUUAAUUUUUGGUUGUGUGAGCAAGAUGAGAAUGAUGAAGGGCGUGUAGACAACAGUCUACUGUAUAUCUUUGUAAUCAGAGAUUUAGAGCUUUAUUUACUAUGAAUAUAUAAUAGUAACAAUUUUUUUUUUUUUUUUUUUUUUUGUUUUCCAUUUUACUGUACUUUAACAUGCUUUGACAGAUGAUCUUCAUA